AUGAUACAAAACAGUAAGCUCAAAACUUAUUCUGUGCAAAAAUGUACAAACUGUUGCAAUACACUUAAUAAAGAAGGUACUUCUGAAGACAAUAAAAUUAAAAGUUUUUGUGAAAGCUUUAUAACAUAUACCUUGAAUUUGUAUAAUGAUAGUAAAAUUAAUUCUUUUGUUCGCAGUAAAUAUAUAACAUAUUUAAAUUAUUGGUUAAACAUGGAAUUAAAAAAGGAGAAUAAAACGGUUAAAAACUUUAUGCAAAUUCUUGAUCAACAUUUGAAAGAAGGAUCUUACGAACACGUGGUUUACAAUGAAUUGAAGGAUAAAUUAUUUGAUAUGGACAGUGAUCUUUAUGAAGAAUUGCAUAUCCUGUAUAAUUUGUAUAUUAAUUAUAAUAAAUUAGAUGAUGCUAUAAAAGAGAGGGAAUUAUGUAAAGAACAUACUAAACAAUGUGUUGAUUUUUUUAAUAAAGGCAUUGAUACAUAUAGUAAAACAAACACAAGUAAAUUUUAUAAAGAGUUGGUAAAUUUUUGGAUAAAAUAUAAUAAAGUGAAAAGCAAGAGGAAUGGAUGCAAAGAUAAAGAAAUAUUAGAUUUGCCUUCAGUCAACUUAUUAAUCCCAUAUGCAAAGGAUAAAACUUCCAAAAAAGCAACACAUUCAUGCCAAACUAUUAAAGGGUGCAACAUAAAUGUAUUCCCACAAAGAAAUCAUCUUCAUGAAAAUACAUUAAAAAUAUUAACUGCUCAUACUAAAUAUAAAAAAUUGGACGAUGAGAGCGUUGAUGAGAAUACAUGUACUAAAUAUUGUGAAAUUCCAAACCCUUUAGAAAAAAAUAAAGAAGCAUUUAAUUUACUUUUAGCCAAACAUGCUACUAACUUGGAAAAACUAUCCAAUAUUCUAACAGACACAUCUUCAGAUGAUCGUUGCUCAUAUUUGCUUUACUGGACAUACGACAAAAUGCUGAGCAUUUUCAACAAAAGUACUGACAUAAGUCAAUACCAUUCUAUUAUUAAUAAACUCAAUGAUACAAUUAUUAAAAUUAACACAGAUUUGACAUCUGAUAAAACAUGUCCAUAUCUCAUUAGUAGAAAUAUUGAUGAAUGGGAAAAGGAGAAAGAUAUGCAUGAUUAUUUUAAAAAUCAUCAAAAAAUUAGUGAAUGUAAUAAAGCAGAGAGUGGAAAUUGUAAUCAGUACUGUGACUAUCUCAAUUAUAUUAAUGAACUGUAUAUGAAUUACAUAAAUGUCUGCUGUACGUGCUACACCAAUCCUACUUCUGAUUGUAUAGAUAUGUGUCCAAACUAUUUUAAAUGCAAAAAAGAGUAUUAUCCACCCGAUUUGAUAUCUAAAUUGGGAUGCCCAAACACAAAUACAAACCCCACUAAAAGUGUAGAUGAAGUAUUCGCCGAUUUAAUCAUCGAUAGUGAUGUUAUAAGAAAAACGAAUAUGCCAUAUUUAGGUACUUUUACCAAAUUAUUAUCUGAUCCUUUUAAUGCUAUUAUGCUACAAGGUAUUGCAUCCAUUGGAUUUACCCCCCUUAGAUCAUUGAUGUAUAAAAAAAAGCGAAAGAAAAACAUAAAUACGAACAACUCCCAUGUGGAACCUCGAAAAAAAUUGAUUUACAACUCAGAAUCAUCCCCAAAAAAAGCGAAAAAUGAGCGAAUCAGAGUAGCAUAUCAUUCUACAAAUUAG